UAACCUUUCUUGCCUCCAGCUUAAAGCAAGAGGAAAGAAUUGCAAAAAUGCUGAAAGCUUUUUAUUUCUUAUUUCUGGUUUUAAUAACACAGCAAGCUGUGAAUGCUAUUGAUUUUGAUGGGAGAGUGAUUUCUUGUAAAACUGCAAGAAGAUUCAACAGACAUAUUAGCUGCUUGCCUGAUGGUAGCUAUAACAUUACACAGUGCAGGAAUAACUACUGCUCUUGUGUGAAUGGCACCACUCGUGUACCAAUCUCUGGCUCUCUUUCUUUCCGGGUCGGCUCCAAGCCAAGCAAUUACUGCAAAAAAUUGAUAGCAUGUGGCCCAUGGAAUUGCAAGUUGUUUUGUCUGAGAGGGUACACUACUGAUGAUCAAGGCUGCAGACAGUGCUCCUGCAAACAAGUCAGGUGUGACUAUACCAGUAUUAAAACUGCCAUCAAGAGAUGCGGAGUUGGUUGUGUUACCUAUAAUGGUAUUUGCAUCUCGUGCAUACAAGGAUGUAAUUCAACAAACAUUACUAUACCAACGAGUUGUGGGAGUGAUGAAGAAUAUGUGAGGUAUGGAUUUGGUAGGGGAGCCUGCAGGCCAAAACUGAGGAGGAAUGAUACUUGUGUGAGAGAUGAUGACAAUGAUGAUGAUGAUGAUUAUGAUGAUGAUCAUGAACAAGAUGAUGAUCGUGAUGAUGAUCAUGAUAAUGAUCAUGAUGGUAGUAAUCAAGACGGUGAUGAAGACGAUUAUGUUUCCGAUGACAUACCUCCUGUUGAGUUAGAGCUGGCAAGCUCAACCGAAGAAGACAUGAUGGAAAAGGAUGAAGAUGACAAAAUCAGUCGCAUAUUCACUGGAUCAUCAUCACGCAGGGCAUCAAGAAAGAUUAACAGAUACAUCAAUCGGUGCCGUAAUGGAUACUAUUGUAGGAAAAUAAGGGAUGGUAGUAGAGGAAGAUGCUAUCAACAGAAUACAAAUGGCAUUUGCUACAAGAAUAGCAAUACACCAGAGGAAUGUGACAGUAAUGGAUACUACAAACCACGCUACUGUAGAGUAGUGACUGUUAAUAACAGGAGAAGGAUUAUAUGUGUGUGUGUCAUUCCUAGCAAUGGAACUAGACUGAAUGAUACUCGCACCACUUUUGAAGACACUGGGAAUGAGGAGGAGAAUGAAAAUAGGAAACCAAGAUGCAGGGAAAGAGUGUAUGGUACUUGUAGAGUUACAAGAGGUGGAAGAAGGUUUUUGGUAAAACAUGGAGAGCAUGACACGAAUCCUUGCAUGUGCAGAACAUGUGUCUGCUACUUUGGUACACUGUACUGCAGGACAAGAAGAAACUGCAGAAGAUGUGACUUAACUAAGACAUGCACACUGCCUAAUAAUACUGUCAUAAGGCAUGGACAAUCAGCUAGGGUAGACUGUAACAGGUGUUCAUGUAGAUAUGGUAAUCUUUAUUGCACUGAUAGAGAUUGCAAUACAACAGUUACUACUGAAACCAAUUGCACUAGAUGUAGAUCAGAAGGGGUCAGUAGAGUCUGUGGUCCAAAUGGAAAGACAUACAUCAACAGCUGCACUGCCAUAUAUUGUGCUGGGAUAGCUUCUGUUGAUCUCAUUGAUGGACCGUGUCCAAGGACAAAUCCUUGCAUCAGAUUUCCAUGUGAUUCUGGUCAGGUUUGUUUAAAAAGAGGAGGAGUGUCUUGUCUGAGCCGUGACACUGGCUGUAGACCAGACACACUAAGGCACUGCAUUAGUGUGGAAGAUUUAUCCUGUACUAAUGAAACAGCAACAAGGACAAGUACUGAUGAUGAUGAUGAUGAUGACUCAGAUACUGAUGGAGAUGGUAUUGGUAAUGGUGAUGUUGAUCCUGAUGAUACUUCAAUAUGUGGGACUGAUGGAAACACAUAUGCAUCAAUAUGUCACAUGCUACAGAGCACUGUUAAUGUGACCAUACUUUAUGCUGGACACUGUAAUGCUUCAAGAUGUAAAGGAGGACAAGUUUGUGGUACUGAUGGAGUGACGUAUGAGAAUAUUUGUGAAUUGCGUACCCAAUCAAAUAAUGCAAGGUUUGAUUAUAGAGGGGCCUGUGUUGAUGACAGUGAUGAAACAGCUGGUCAAAUGUGUCAGCGUGUCAUUUCAAGUGGACGCUGUCGUUUUAAUACCAGUAACUGUCCUUGCCUAGUCCGUCCUACAGUUGGAUGCUGUCCGUUGUGUGGUGGAGCUAUACUAGCACUACUGGAUAGAGAAGGUAUCAGUAAUGCAAGUUUAUUAGACCCAGACCUUGAGACACUGGAUGGCUAUGUCAGACAAAUUGUGUCGGAUGAAUUGUUUCUAAAUGUAACAGCUGGACGUUGCUCAGUAGAAUCAAGUUUAACUACUGCUGGUAACAUUGAGCUUGCAAUAAGUUCAUUGAGCAAUAGAUCUAAUGAUAGAUGCUAUUGCCAUCAUGUUGCAACUAAUAUAACCAUAGCCAUCAAUCGCUCAGUUGAAGAGCAAUCCAGGAAACGUAGACAGGCCACUACAAACACAGAUACUUCUCUCUCGCCAUCUUACCAGUAUAUCCUGGGGGCCAGUGAAGCUCAACUUGAAACUAGUACUGGAGGUCCUGGUACUGAAAGUACUGGUACUACAGCAACUCCAACUUCAAGUGGUGUCACUGCUACAUUUGCUUUCAUGACAGUUCUUCUGUUAACAGUCCUGGCCAUUGUUAUAUAGUGGGCUGCAUGGUUGCGCGGAAAACUUUGAUUAUUUUUAUUUGCUUUGAUUAUUCAGUUUUAUUUGCUUUGAUUACUCAUUUUUAUUUGCUUUAAUGAGUAGUGUGUUCAAUCAUAGAUAUUAGAGACUACGUAUACGGGAUUGGAAACAUGGCGGAAGACAAGGACUGUAUCGGCCCGAUUAUACACAAUGUAAUGGAUCACGUGAUUCCGUUGCCUAUCCCGGUUACGUAGUCUCUAAUAUCUAUGGUUGUUCUGUAGUUCCUUUUUAUUAACAUUUCUUACCUAAUUAAGAGUUAUUAAGUUGUCAUUAA